UACACACAGCCUUCAGUAAAUAAUCCGCCAGAGGUCCACCCAUCUGCCUUUCUCCUUCCCUCUCUGCCGGGCGAGAGACUCCCCGGGGCGGUGCGGCCCGGCGCUCCACCGCCCGCGUCUUCCAACUCAGUUUGCUGAAGCUUGCUUCCUGCCCAUGACCAGCCAUGCUUCGGGUGAUUGUGGAAUCCGCCAGUAACAUCCCUAAAACAAAAUUUGGGAAGCCGGAUCCGAUUGUUUCUGUUAUUUUUAAGGAUGAGAAAAAGAAAACAAAGAAAGUUGAUAAUGAGCUCAACCCUGUCUGGAAUGAGAUUCUGGAGUUUGACUUGAGGGGUAUACCGCUGGACUUUUCAUCAUCCCUGGGAAUCGUUGUGAAAGACUUUGAGACAAUAGGACAAAAUAAGUUAAUCGGCACAGCGACCGUGGCCUUGAAGGAUCUCAUCGGAGACCAGAGCCGAUCAUUGCCCUACAAGCUGAUUUCUCUGCUAAAUGAAAGGGGACAAGAUACCGGGGCAACCAUUGACUUGGUGAUUGGCUAUGACCCACCUUCAGCCCCCCAUCCAAAUGACCCAAGUGGGACCAGCGUGCCAGUUACGGGAGGAGAGGAAGAUGAUGAUGAUGAAGGUGAUGAAGAUAGGAUGGAUGGUACAGUCAGGGGCCCUGGACCCAGGGGCCCGGUUGGGACAGUAUCGGAAGCUCAGCUAGCCCGGAGGGUCACCAAAGGAAAGAACAGCCGGAGGAUGCUGUCCAACAAACCUCAAGACUUCCAGAUUCGCGUCAGAGUGAUAGAGGCCCGACAGCUGAGUGGCAACAACAUAAGGCCAGUGGUCAAAGUCCAUGUCUGUGGCCAGACCCACCGAACGAGAAUCAAGAGAGGCAACAACCCAUUUUUUGAUGAGCUAUUUUUCUACAAUGUCCACAUGACCCCCUCUGAGUUGAUGGAUGAGAUCAUCAGCAUCCGGGUUUACAAUUCCCAUUCUUUGCGGGCAGAUUGUCUGAUGGGGGAAUUUAAGAUUGAUGUGGGAUUUGUUUAUGAUGAGCCUGGUCACGCUGUCAUGAGAAAAUGGCUUCUUCUCAACGAUCCUGAAGACACCAGCUCAGGUGCCAAAGGUUACAUGAAAGUCAGCAUGUUUGUCCUGGGAACCGGAGAUGAGCCUCCCCCUGAGAAGCGAGAUCGUGAUAAUGACAGCGAUGACGUGGAGAGCAACUUGUUACUCCCGGCUGGCAUCGCCCUCCGCUGGGUGACCUUCUUGCUGAAAAUCUACCGAGCUGAGGAUAUCCCCCAGAUGGAUGAUGCCUUCUCACAGACAGUAAAGGAAAUAUUUGGAGGCAAUGCAGACAAGAAAAACCUAGUGGAUCCUUUUGUAGAGAUUUCCUUUGCUGGAAAAAAGGUUUGCACAAAUAUAAUUGAGAAAAAUGCAAACCCAGAGUGGAAUCAAAUAGUCAAUCUGCAGAUCAAGUUUCCCUCCAUGUGUGAGAAAAUAAAACUAACAAUAUAUGACUGGGAUCGUCUUACCAAAAAUGAUGUGGUUGGAACCACAUAUCUCUACCUGUCUAAAAUUGCUGCCUCUGGUGGGGAAGUAGAAGAUUUCUCAUCUUCGGGAGCUGGGGCUGCAUCAUAUACAGCAACCACAGGAGAAACAGAGGUGGGCUUUGUUCCCACAUUUGGACCCUGUUACCUGAACCUUUAUGGAAGCCCUAGAGAGUACACAGGAUUCCCAGACCCCUAUGAUGAGCUGAACACUGGGAAGGGGGAAGGAGUUGCCUACAGAGGCAGGAUCUUGGUUGAAUUAAGCACUCUUCUUGAAAAGACACCUCCAGAUAAAAAGCUUGAGCCCAUUUCAAAUGAUGACCUGCUGGUUGUUGAGAAAUAUCAGCGGAGGCGGAAGUACAGCCUCUCUGCUGUGUUCCAUUCGGCCACUAUGUUGCAAGACAUCGGUGAGGCUAUUCAGUUUGAAGUUAGCAUUGGAAACUAUGGCAACAAGUUUGACAUGACCUGUAAGCCGUUGGCUUCAACAACUCAGUACAGCCGUGCCGUAUUUGAUGGUAACUAUUAUUAUUACUUGCCUUGGGGCCGCACAAAGCCAGUUGUCACCCUGACUUCGUAUUGGGAGGACAUCAGUCAUCGCCUGGAUGCGGUGAACACCCUCCUGGUCAUGGCAGAACGGCUGCAAUCAAACAUAGAGGCUCUAAAAUCAGGGGUGCAAGGUAAAAUUCCAGCAAACCAAUUGGCAGAAUUGUGGUUGAAGCUGAUAGAUGAUGUUAUAGAAGAUACAAGAUACACUUUGCCUCUCACGGAAGGAAGACCUAAUGUCACAAUUCUUGAUACUCAGAUCCAGAAGUUGCGGUCCAAAUCUCUCUCCCAGAUAAAUGAAGCAGCUGUGAGGAUGAGGGCUGAAGCUACAGAUGUGAAGUCCACAUUGCUAGAAAUUGAGGACUGGCUUGAUAAAUUAAUGCAGCUAACUGAAGAGCCGCAGAACAGUAUGCCUGACAUUAUCAUCUGGAUGAUUCGGGGAGAGAAGCGAUUGGCCUAUGCACGAAUCCCCGCACAUCGGGUCUUAUACUCCACCAGUGGAGAGCACGCGUCUGGGAAAUACUGUGGGAAAACCCAAACCAUCCUUCUAAAGUAUCCGCAGGAGAAAGUCAACGGGACAAAGGUGCCCGUGGAACUGCGCGUGAACAUCUGGCUGGGCUUGAGUGCUGUUGAGAAGAAGUUCAAUAGUUUUGCAGAAGGAACUUUCACUGUGUUUGCUGAAAUGUAUGAAAAUCAAGCUCUGAUGUUUGGAAAAUGGGGCACUUCUGGAUUAGUGGGACGUCAUAAAUUUUCUGAUGUCACAGGAAAAAUAAAGCUCAAGAGAGAAUUCUUUUUGCCUCCCAAAGGCUGGGAAUGGGAAGGAGAAUGGACAGUUGAUCCUGAAAGAAGCUUGCUGACUGAGGCAGACGCUGGUCACACGGAGUUCACAGAUGAAGUCUAUCAGAAUGAGAGUCGCUACCCGGGGGGCGAGUGGAAGCCAGCCGAGGACACCUACACCGAUGUGAACGGUGAUAAAGCAGCAUCUCCCAGCGAGCUGUCUUGUCCUCCAGGUUGGGAGUGGGAAGACGAUGCAUGGGUGUAUGACAUAAACCGAGCAGUGGACGAGAAAGGUUGGGAGUAUGGAAUUACUAUUCCUCCUGAUAAUAAACCCAAGUCCUGGGUUGCAGCGGAGAAAAUGUAUCACACUCACAGACGGCGAAGGCUGGUCCGAAAACGCAAGAGAGAUUUAACACAGACCGCUUCCAGUACCGCACGGGCCAUGGAAGAAUAUGAAGACCGGGAGGGCUGGGAAUAUGCUUCUUUAAUUGGCUGGAAAUUCCACUGGAAACAACGGAGCUCGGAUACCUUCCGCCGCAGACGCUGGAGGAGAAAAAUGGCUCCCUCAGAAACACAUGGGGCAGCUGCUAUCUUCAAACUUGAAGGCGCCCUUGGUGCAGACACCAGUGAGGAUGGAGACGAAAAGAGCACAGAAAAGCAGAAGCACAGCGCCACCGCUGUGUUCGGAGCAAACACUCCCAUUGUCUCUUGCAACUUUGACCGAGUCUACAUCUACCAUCUGCGCUGCUAUAUCUAUCAAGCCAGAAACCUCAUAGCUUUAGAUAAGGACAGCUUUUCAGAUCCAUAUGCUCAUGUCUCCUUCCUCCAUCGAAGCAAAACCACUGAGAUCAUCCACUCCACCCUGAAUCCCACGUGGGACCAAACAAUUAUAUUCGAUGAAGUUGAAAUCUACGGGGAACCCCAAACAGUUCUACAGGAUCCACCCAAAGUGGUCAUAGAACUUUUUGACAAUGACCAAGUGGGCAAAGAUGAAUUUUUGGGAAGAAGCAUUUGCUCCCCUCUGGUGAAACUGAACUCAGAAAUGGACGUCACACCCAAACUCCUCUGGCACCCAGUACUGAAUGGAGACAAGGCCUGCGGAGACGUCCUGGUUACCGCAGAGCUGAUUUUGAGGGACAAGGACGGCACCAACCUUCCCAUCCUGCCCUCUCAGAGAGCACCAAAUCUGUAUAUGGUCCCCCAGGGCAUCAGGCCCGUGGUUCAGCUCACCGCUAUUGAGAUUCUAGCUUGGGGCCUCAGAAACAUGAAAAACUACCAGAUGGCUUCUGUCACAUCGCCCAGUCUCAUUGUGGAGUGUGGAGGGGAAAGGGUAGAAUCGGUGGUGAUCAAAAACCUUAAGAAGACGCCCAACUUUCCAAGUUCUGUUCUCUUCAUGAAAGUGUUGCUGCCCAAGGAGGAACUGUACAUGCCUCCGCUGGUGAUCAAGGUCAUCGACCACAGGCAGUUUGGACGGAAGCCCGUGGUUGGCCAGUGUACCAUCGACCGCCUGGACCGCUUUCGCUGUGAUCCGUAUGCAGGGAAGGAGGAUAUCGUGCCUCAGCUGAAAGCUUCCCUGAUGUCUGCUCCCCCCUGCCGGGAUACCAUUAUUGAGAUAGAAGACACCAAACCAUUACUGGCUUCUAAGCUGACGGAAAAGGAGGAAGAAAUCGUUGACUGGUGGAGUAAAUUUUACGCUUCCUCGGGGGAACAUGAAAAAUGUGGACAAUACAUUCAGAAGGGCUAUUCCAAACUCAAGAUAUACGAUUGUGAACUGGAGCACGUGGCGGAAUUUGAGGGCCUGACCGACUUCUCUGAUACGUUCAAGUUGUACCGAGGCAAGUCAGACGAGAGUGAAGAUCCCUCUGUGGUGGGAGAGUUUAAGGGCUCCUUCCGAAUCUACCCACUGUCGGAUGACCCCAGCAUGCCGGCCCCUCCCCGGCAGUUUCGGGAACUACCUGACAGCGUCCCGCAGGAAUGCACAGUGAGGAUCUACAUUGUUCGAGGCUUACAGCUCCAGCCCCAGGACAACAAUGGCCUGUGUGACCCUUACAUAAAAAUAACACUGGGCAAAAAAGUAAUUGAGGACCGAGACCACUACAUUCCCAACACUCUCAACCCAGUUUUCGGCAGAAUGUAUGAACUGAGCUGCUACUUACCUCAAGACAAAGACCUGAAAAUUUCAGUCUAUGAUUAUGACACCUUAACCCGUGAUGAAAAGGUCGGAGAAACAAUUAUCGACCUGGAAAACCGAUUCCUCUCCCGGUUUGGAUCCCACUGCGGCAUACCUGAGCAGUACUGUGUGUCUGGGGUAAACACCUGGCGAGAUCAGCUGAAGCCAACACAGUUGCUUCAAAACAUAGCCAGAUUCAAAGGCUUCCCGCCACCCAUCCUCUCUGAAGACGGAAGCAGAAUCAGAUAUGGAGGACGAGACUACAGCUUGGAUGAAUUUGAAGCCAACAAAAUCCUGCACCAGCACCUCGGCGCCCCUGAAGAGCGGCUUGCCCUUCACCUCCUCAGGACUCAGGGGCUGGUCCCCGAGCAUGUGGAAACAAGGACGUUGCACAGCACCUUCCAGCCCAACAUUUCCCAGGGAAAACUUCAGAUGUGGGUGGAUGUUUUUCCCAAGAGUUUGGGGCCACCAGGCCCUCCUUUCAACAUCACACCCCGGAAAGCCAAGAAAUACUACCUGCGAGUGAUCAUCUGGAACACCAAGGACGUUGUCUUGGACGAGAAGAGCAUCACUGGAGAGGAAAUGAGCGACAUCUAUGUGAAAGGCUGGAUUCCUGGCAAUGAAGAAAACAAACAGAAAACAGAUGUCCAUUACAGGUCCUUGGAUGGCGAAGGGAAUUUUAACUGGAGAUUCGUUUUCCCCUUUGACUACCUCCCAGCCGAACAACUCUGUAUUGUUGCUAAAAAAGAGCAUUUCUGGAGUAUUGACCAAACAGAAUUUCGAGUUCCACCCCGACUGAUCAUUCAGAUAUGGGACAACGACAAGUUUUCUCUGGAUGACUACUUGGGUUUCCUGGAACUUGAUUUGCAUCACACGAUAAUUCCAGCAAAAUCAUCAGAGAAAUGCAAUUUGGACAUGAUUCCAGACCUCAACACCAUGAACCCCCUCAAAGCUAAGACCGCCUCACUCUUUGAACAGAAGUCCAUGAAAGGAUGGUGGCCGUGCUACGCAGAUAAAGAUGGCUGCCGCGUGAUGGCUGGGAAAGUGGAGAUGACAUUGGAGGUCCUCAACGAGAAGGAGGCCGACGAGAGGCCAGCCGGGAAGGGGCGGGAUGAACCCAACAUGAACCCCAAGCUGGACCCACCAAACCGACCAGAAACUUCCUUCCUCUGGUUCACCAACCCAUGUAAGACCAUGAAGUUCAUCGUGUGGCGCCGAUUCAAGUGGGUCAUCAUCGGCCUGCUCUUCCUGCUCAUCCUGCUGCUCUUCGUGGCUGUACUCCUGUACUCCCUACCGAACUACCUGUCAAUGAAGAUCGUGAAGCCAAAUGUCUAAUGCAAGCAAAGGCUUCUUGUCAAGAGUCGCCCAGCAGGGAAGGUGCCCUGCCUCCUUCUGUGGACCAGAAUCGAGUGUGAUUUUGUCUGUGUAAGACUGCAGCCCAUCAGUUCCCAAGGCUCUAGAUACUGGAACAUUGCGCCAACAAGUGACAUUUUUACCUUGCUGCCUUCUGAAGUAUUGAAAGUUUUACUUUCUAAAGUUUGAACCAUAGUUUUUGGAAUAUUUUCCAAGGUGGCUGGUUCCAUUUAAAAAGUCUUUUUAUGGUUCUGUAACUCAAAGUAUAACUUGAAUAUUGCUCUAUUUUAAUAUCAUAUACUUGUUAUUUGUAAUCAAGGAAAAGAAUUGUGUAUGACAAAACAGAAUAGCUGAAGUUAUUUAUGCCUGCAAGCAUUUUUAUAUUUUAUAUGGAUAAACAUCCUGAGAUCUAUUCCACCUCUGAGAUGAAUGCAAAUACAGAUGUUUCACCUUUUACGUAA